AUAUUACCAAAAAAAGGGCCUCUUUCAGGAGGAACUGAACUCACCCUCAAGGGAAAUUUCAUAGUUGAUAAUGAUUCUGUUGAAGUGAAAAUUGAUAAAAUUGCUUGUGAAGUAUUCUUCAGGAAUUCCAGUACAAUAAAGUGUCACACACCUGCAUUAAACAAAUCAAUGAAAUGUAACACGAGUAAGAACUGCAAUGUGAAAGUAAAAUUUGAAAAGUAUCCCAGGAGAAAUUUUACCAAUGGAAAAUUCAAAUUCAAUUAUACGGAGGAUCCUGUUAUUUAUAAAUUUGAAUUGGGCAGCGGUAAUGAAAAUCAACCUAAAAGUAUACCAGCAGGAGGUAUCAGAUUAGUUCUAAAAGGAAAAAACUUGAAUUCAAUUCAAAAACCACUGUUUUACAUUUACAAUGAGGACAUGUCAAAACGAUACGAGUCAGAAUGCGAAGUUUGGGAUUCGGAUGCUUCAAUGAUGAAUUGUGUUACACCUGAUAUUUUAGAUAUAGAUAGCUCAUCCAUAAACCAAAUAAGUAAUCCGAUCAGUUUGAAUUAUGGAUUUGUAAUGGAUAAUGUUGCCAAUGUACAAAAUAUCUCCAUGAACCCUUCCAACAACAAAUUCAAAAAGCUCAUGUUGUAUCCUAAUCCAACAUUUGAAUCAUCUAAUGAAGAAAUCAAGACUUCUUCUUUAGGUAAUGCUGAAAUUCUCAUUAUUGAGGGGGAAAAUGUGAAUUUGGUGUGUAGAGAAACUGAAAUUAUUGUAAAAGUUGGUAAUCGCAAUUGUGAAAUAAAAUUUUUAGCAGCACAGGGACUCACUUGUCAUCUGUCAACACAAAGUGGCUUGAGCAAAUCAGAUGAAAUUGGUGAUGAGCCUCAAAAUAUCACUGUGCAUAUUGGACCAAAGUUUCAAGUAAUUGUUGGGAAGUACAGAGCAAAAUCUUCACCGAAGCGAAUGAUUGUUGAUCAGUACAAUGUAAAAUCCUCACCGGAGCCGAUGCCUUAUAUUUUAUACAGUAGUGCUACAAUAGUAUUGAUUGUAAUAAUCUUUAUCAUAAUCGCAUUCACAUGUAAAAAGUUUUCUAAAAAAUCACGAGACUUGAAAAAAGUGUACAAACGUCUAAAUGAAUUGGAGUUAGGAGUAGCCAAAGAGUGUAAAGCAGCGUUUACUGAUUUACAAACCGAAAUAACCGAUCUCACAACAAAUUUCAAAUUAGAAAGAAAAUUACCAUUUGUUGACUAUCAUACCUACGUGAUGAAUAUCAUUUUCUCAGGUAUCAAAGACCAUAGCUUUAUAUUUACCGAAACAUCUGAAAUAUUAGACAAAGAACAAGGGUUAAAAUUGUUCAACCAAUUACUUCUCAAUAAAACUUUUCUACUGCUGUUUGUUCAAACGCUUGAAAAGCACGCAGAUUUUUCCAUGAAUGAACGAACUGAGGUUGCCUCUAUGAUAAUGAUAACUUUACAAAAUGACAUGCAAUACUGCACCAAUAUCCUCAAAACAUUGAUUAGUCAGCUGAUUGAAAAAUAUGUCAGAGGUAAUAAUGAUCCCAAGCUUUUGUUUCGACAAGGUGUCGGUAUUGCUGAAAAAAUGCUUUCCAUUUGGUUCAGUUUCCUACUUCACGAAUUUCUCAAAGCGAAUGCCGGAGAGCCAUUGUAUAGAUUAUUUUGUGCCAUAAAACAACAUGUGAAUAAAGGUCCCAUUGAUGCUGUAACAUCCAAUGCCAGACACUCCCUCAGUGAAGAUAAAAUAAUUCGACAAGAUUUCGGCGAUUUCAAAACGAUGACCAUUCAUGUAAGUGUUUCCCUAAAAACCGCCUUAUCGACUGGUUUGAAAUCAAUAGUUGUAGAAGAACCGGUCAAGGUGUUGGAUUGUGACACAAUAUCUCAAGUAAAAGAAAAAGCCAUAGAUGUGAUUUAUGCCGACAUCCCUUAUAGUCAACGCCCAGAUUCAUCAUCAACAGAAAUAGAAUGGAUAGAUGAUAAAAUGUUCGCAACACCCUUAUCUGAUUAUGAUUCUACUUCAAAAAUAGAACACGAAUGGAGACGACUGAAUACUUUGCAUCAUUAUGGAAUUCCUGAUUUCAGCAAAUUCAACUUGAUUUCAGCUAAAAUCAGAAGUAUCAGUAAUGCAUCCACACUGCGGGUUAAUAAAGUCGAGACACCAGGUAUGACGAGAGCAAUGAAAUCAAUAAAAAAGAAAAUCGUCAACUCUUUAACAGCACCCACACGACCUUAUGAAACAAAUCACAAGACUUGGCAUCUGGUUAAACCUGAAGAUCACUGUGAAAUCAACUGUAACAGCAGUAAAAAUGAUACUCGUGGUGAUAAAUUGGUUUCUGAAGUCUACCUAACCAGAUUAUUAGCGACUAAAAGCAUUUUGCAGAAAUUUGUCGAUGAUUUAUUUGAGACUAUAUUCGAUGCGAAGCUUGAAGAAAAGGGGCCACCAUUGGCCAUCAAAUAUUUAUUUGAUUUCUUGGACAAUCAAGCAUCGCUUCAUGGUGUAACUGAUCCUAAUGUCAUACAUGCUUGGAAAAAUAACUGCUUACCUUUAAGAUACUGGGUAAAUUUGAUAAAAAAUCCUGAUUUCAUAUUUGACAUACAUAAAUCAAAUGUGGUCGAUUCGUGUCUUAGUGUGAUUGCUCAAGCAUUCAUGGAUUCUUGUUCAACUUCAGAUAAUCUUUUGAGCAAAAAUUCGCCAGCUUCCAAGUUACUUUAUGCAAAGGAUAUUCCCAUAAAUAGGAAACGAGUGAAAAAAUAUUACUCGGAUAUCAAAAGUUUACCAGUUGUACACGAAAAUGACAUGAAUGCCAUGUUGAAUGAAAAAUCACAUCUACAUGAAUGUGAAUUCAAUACGAACUCUUCUUUGUAUGCAUUGUACAACUAUGCCGUCACGUAUAAUAGCCAUUUGAUGAUUUCUCUUAAUGAAGAUGAAUUUGCACAGAAACACAAGCUUAUGCAACAGCUGAUAAAAGUUCACAGCUUGAUGGCACCUGAUCUGAACUAGUCGAUUUCUUUUUUUUUCGCGAUGCUUAUUUAAUGCGUAGGUAGGUAGGUACCUAUUUUUAUUUUGCCCCAUUUCUAGUGACAAAACUAUUUAGGUUUUUUUGAGAGGGGGAGGAGUUCAAGUUCGAUUGAAAAUUUGUCGAUCAAUACAUAGGGAGAAAAUAUCAAUUUUGACGAUUGAUAUCGUAAGUAUUCAUAACACUGAUCACUGUUAAAAAUUUUCAUUUUCUGUUUUGGAUUUUUGGGGACCCAUGUGUGAUUUUUCUAAUUUCAAAACAAGAAACGAAUUGGACCGAGUGAAGCAAGGGCGAACGUUUUUGAAAAUUUGAUUUUGAGAAGCCUAAAAGCGUUUUUUUUUUCAGGAAGUUGAUUUUGAAAAAAAAGAGGCCAGGCCUGAGCGAAGCGAGGGCGAAAACUUUUGAAAAAUUUGUAUUAUUAUAGAAUUAAAGAAAAUGUUUUUUUAUGCAAGGAGUUCAUUUCUUGGGUUUUAUAAUUUUAGAAUUCAAAAGAUUUUUUAAGAUGUUAAUUUUGAAAAAUAAAAGAAAACAGGUCCAUGUGAGUGCGAACGCUCUUGAAAAUUUGCAUUUCGAGAGGCACAAAAAACGAUAAUUUUUAUGCGAGAAACUCAUUGAAAAAAAAUAAAAUGAAAAAGUUAAAUGACAUUUCUUAAGAUUUCAAUUUUUAAAAAGAAAAAAAAACAAGCCCGAGCGAAGCGAGGACAAAACUUUUUGAAAAUUCGUGUUUUGAGAAAUAAUUUAAAAAAAAACUGGUUUUCUUUCAUCACGAGCCCUUCUUUUACCGGGCCCUCCAGAAAGCGUGGGUCUGGAGCAAUCUUUCCCCUUUGUCCCGGGCUUUCUAAUUGUCGUGAUUGGGACCUAUUUUCAACCCCCCUCCCCACCCUGGCUGCAUAGAAUCGAAGAAUUCUUCAUCCCACUCGAAAAGCCAGUUUCCUAGUAGGUCUACCUUAAUUCUAAAGUAGGUAUGUUUUGAUGCCUCUAACAGUUUUUUUUCUUAUUCUCCAAAUUCGAAACUACCCAAUAUGUCAUUCUGAUGUUUUAUCAUUGUGUUUGUUUUAGUUUUAUUUUCUUUAUUAUACUAUUAUUUCCUGUACUUAUUUGUUUGUUGUUUACUCACUGAUUAGAAUGA